CCAGGGCUGAGCCACAUGGAGCUGGGCUCUUUCCUGAGAGAUCCUCCACUGGACCUCAAACCCUGGCGCUGCAAAAUUCCCCCGUCUGCUUCUGUGAACAGUGGCACUGAGGCACCCAACCACACAUGGCACAGGCUGGGAGCACACAGAGGAGCAUGGAGAAGCAGUGAGACAAGCCAGGAGUCCUGAUCCUGUGGGACUGUCCCUGAACCACCUCCUGAAGCUGUCUCACUCAGGUGCAGCAUAUCGCUCCCGUCACAGAGACCUCUGCAUAAAAGCCCCAAAUUGCCACAACACCUGGGUACCUUGGGGUCACUCCUCCCUGGAUGCUGGAGGAAAGGCACCUUCUUUCCGGGCACGAGACCAGCAGGGAAUAAAAGCUGUGUGUAUCAGCCCUCGUCUUGCUGCUUCUGGUUGUCAGCACGAGGAGCUGUCGUGUUUAUCCAGACUCAAGGGCAAUCGUCCGUCACUAACAACACAAGGCAGCGCAGCACCCUCAGCCCCGCUGCCCCAAGCCUGGCGAGGGAGCAGGACAGAGCCAGCAGGAGGGCAGUGCCACCGGGCAAGGACGGGCAGCCCUGGGACGUCGGGACAGGAGGGACACGAGACUUGUCAUGGACUACACUCUGGAGACCAGCCAGCAGAAGGAGAAGCUUCUGAAGGCCAUCUACACCCUCCAGCUGAAGUCAAUCGCCACGUUUCAGACAGCCAGCCCUCUGCUGAGCAGCCAGCAGGGCAUGGGCAUGGUGACACACCACCACGUCCACCAGCUGGCAGACAAGACCAAAAGCUUGUGUAGAGACCUGGACAACAUCAAGAACCUCCUCCACUACUGCCGGGACAACCUGGUUCGGCAGAUCCCCAACCCCACCAGCAGCCGCUAUGGGGGAGUAAGCGGAAUCCACUGCUCCCUGGAGGGCUCCAUCUACGUGACAGCCGAGGCUGCUCCCUGGGUCCACGUCCUCAGCAGCACAGGCAAAACACUGCAGUCGCUGCCCUGCCGGCAAACGGGGAUGGAAAGUGGCACUUUCCUGCCAGAGGAUGUGACUGUGACUCGGACAGGAAUGGUGGCUGUAGCCGAUAUGAUCAACGGAGCUGUCUGGGUCUUCAACCCUCACACCAGCCCCUCCAAGGGGGAAUGGAUAAAGAUCAGAAAGGUCGGUUCCCCCAGGGGCAUUGGAGUAGACUCCACGGGCAAGAUCUUGGUAGCAGACUAUGCCCAAGGCCAAGUCCACAGCUUCGCGCUGGACCGUGCCUUCAAGACAUCGAAUGUCCGCUCGGUCCCCAACCUGCAGGGACCUCGCUACGUCAGCCCCGCGCCCAAAGGAGGCUUUGUGAUAAGCGAGGAGUGCGGGGACGUCAAGGUGUUCACGAGCAGCCAUCAGCUCGUCUGCUCCCUCGGCAGCAAAUACGGACACCAGUUUGGCAACCCGGCGGGGGUGUGUGUUGACGUGGAAGGCAGCAUUGUGGUGGCAGACGAGCAGCGCCGCACGGUCCACUUGUUCCCGGAGAGCGGGGCUCCUGUCUGCUUGGUGUCCACGGGGCUGAGGAGACCUGCCGGCGUGGCCUGCUCCUCCUUUGGGCACCUCUUUGUGGCAGACACAGGGGAGAAUUGUGUCAAGGUCUUUAAAUACCACGUGAGGCCCCGUCAGCCCUUGGGGACUUUGUGACAACCCCAGCCUAGCGCCCGGGCAGGGAGUGAGGCUGGUGCCACCGCAACCCUGAGGAGCUUUGGGUCUGCAAAUGAUGCUGCUCCCACAGCCAGGCAUCGUCCCCACACUUAACUUUGUUGCUCUCCAGCUUCUCCAGGUGGCAGAAGCAAGGACUGGAGCAGCGAAGGAUCAUCUCUGUGCCUCCUGGGUCCAGCAGAGCACCUAAAGAAGGACUGAGUUACUCAAAACCGAGAGGGUGGUCGUGAAGUGGGACAGGCUCCCCAUGGCUACGGUCAUGUCACCGAGCCUGCUGGAGUUCAAGAAGUGUUUGGACAGUGCUCUCAGACAUGUUUUAAUUUCUAGGUAGUUUUUUAUGGACCCAGGAGUUGGACUCAAUGAUCCUUACGAGUCCCUUCCAACUCAGGACUUGAUUCUAUUAAAAAUGGUUGUGUGCUGGUGUCUGGGAAACUCGUUAUCACCACCCCCAUUGCGUGCCUCUUCAAAGAUAAAACAAUAAUUUCUCUUCCACACACACACAUUUUCUGUGGCCACAGUUCCACCUUCCUGAGGCCAGCGGCAGAGCUGGGCUGAAGGGGUAAGGCCAGGCCUUCAGAAGGGGAAAUGGAAGGCAACCACUCCAUGCUGCAUUCCUGACCUCUACAGGGAAGCAGCGACUACUGCACGGCGUAGGCCGCCUGUGUGCAUGUGCAAUGUUUACACAGCCCUGGGACUGUGCUGACCCCCGGGCUGGGGGUUUUGGGGUGCCACAGCCCUGCUGCUAUCAGCAGAGAGCUGGCAGGGCGCGGUGGCGGAGGGAAGGGCGUUUUCCUCUCCUGCUCCAGGCAUUGCUGGGGCAGGGUGCACCACCAGCACCGAGGCCUCUGUGGAUGUGCUGAAGGCAGCGGCUCUGCUGCAGGGCUCCGAACCCACACAGGGCACCCAAACCCUCAUCCCGCACCCCCAGUGAAGGGCU